ACGUUUGACAACAUUAACUAACAAACAGCUGAGCUGAGGCUGACACAAAAUAAAAUACAACACAAAAGUUUUUCUUUACCAUCUCAAUAAUCGCAGUUAAAAUUGCCAAAUCAGAAACACAAAAUGAGUUUCGAAAUAGCUACCAAUAAUUUACAUGAGAAACAGGACAAGAAAUCAUACGACCGCAAUAAAAGUGACGAUCUACAGAUUUCGCGCACAGACAUGAACAUGUUGAUAAUGAACUAUUUGGUCACAGAAGGAUUCAAAGAAGCAGCAUUGAAGUUCCAGCAAGAGGCUGGUCUCCAAGAGCCCGCGCUGUGCAGUUCCCUCGACGAGCGCAUCAUGAUCCGCGAGGCCGUGCAAGGAGGCCGCAUCCCCGAGGCCAUCUCUAUGGUCAACGCUCUGCACCCAGAACUCCUUGACAAUGACCGCUACUUGUACUUCCAUUUACAGCAACUGCAACUGCUAGAGUUGAUAAGAGCUGGCCGCGCUGAGGAAGCCCUGGCUUUUGCAAGUGCCACCCUGGCUGAGGCUGGUGCUGCCGACCGCACCGCACUGACAGAGCUAGAGCGCUCACUCGCUCUCCUUGCAUUCCCUGACCCACAUGCUUCACCAUUUGCUGAUCUUCUGCUGCCUUCCCAUAGUCAAAAAAUUGCAAGUGAAUUAAAUGCUGCUAUACUUAAAAUGGAGAACCAAGAAUACACAAACCCCAAGCUAUGCAGCCUGCUCCGCAUGAUAUUAUGGUCUCAGAAUGAGCUGGACAAACACAAUGUUAAAUAUCCAAAGAUGACAGAUCUUGCAAAUGCAACCAUUGAGCACAUUCACAAGUUGAGAAGGUGAACAGUGACGAGAAAUUGUAAACAUGGGGAUUCUAUGUUAUUAUUAGUAGGUAUCAACACUUGUUUUUUGUAUUUUUAUGUGUAGAAAUAAAGUAACUAUCGAUUUAACUUAA